AUGACCGCGCAGCUGAGGGCCUCCCUCCUCGCACUGGUUCUGCUAGUCAGCUCUCUGCAGACCCGCGCCAGGCCUGAUAAGACGAGGAUGAAUUGCUACAAAGAUGUGAAAGGCACCAUCUACAACUAUGAAGCCCUCACUCUGAACGAAAAUGAGCUCAUCCAGUUCAAGCAGUACGCGGGCAAGCUCGUUCUUUUUGUCAAUGUGGCCACCUACUGUGGCCUGACAGCUCAGUAUCCGGAGCUGAAUGCACUUCAGGAGGAGCUGAAGCCCAUGGGCCUGGUUGUGCUGGGCUUUCCCUGCAACCAAUUCGGAAAGCAGGAACCGGGAGACAACUCGGAGAUCCUUCCGGGGCUGAAGCACGUCCGUCCAGGGAGAGGAUAUGUACCUAAUUUCCAGCUUUUUGAGAAGGGGGAUGUGAAUGGUGAGAAAGAACAGAAGGUCUUCACCUUCUUGAAGCUCUCCUGCCCUCACCCCUCGGAGGUUCUGGGCUCUUUGAGACACAUAUCCUGGGAUCCCGUAAAGGUCCACGACAUCCGCUGGAACUUUGAAAAGUUCCUGGUGGGGCCUGACGGAGUCCCUGUCAUGCGCUGGUCCCACCGGACUCCCGUGGGUGCGGUCAAGGCAGAUAUCCUGGAGUACCUGAAACAGCCCAACAGUAAAUAG